AUGAGAAUCGAAACCUGCUACUUCUGCUCUUCGCCCGUAUACCCGUCAAAGGGCAUAACAUUCGUGCGCAAUGAUGCCAAGGCUUUCCGCUUCUGCAAAUCAAAAUGCCACAAGAACUUCAAGAUGAAGCGCAACCCCCGCAAGCUCGCCUGGACAAAGUCUUUCCGUCGCGCGCACAACAAGGAAAUGACCGUCGACUCGACCCUCACCUUCGCUCAGCGCCGCAACGUGCCCGUGCGAUACAACCGCGAUCUCAUCCAGACCACCCUCAAGGCCAUGGGCCGUGUAUCCGAGAUCCGGCAGAGGAGAGAGCGCGCCUUCUACAAGGCCCGCAUGCGUGGCAACAAGCAGAGACAGCGUGAGGAGGACAGGAAGUUGGUUGAGGAGAACCAGCAUCUGCUGCCGCCGAGCGAGCGAUUCGCCAAGGAGGAGGUUGAGCAGGAAGACAUGGAGGUCGACGUGCAGAAGGUCAAGGAGAAGGUUGCAGCAAGGAGGAAGGAGCUCGAGGCUGAGGAGAGCGAGCUCAGUGAGCUUGAGGAGACGACACCCAAGACGAGGAGCAAGACUAAGAAGAUGAUGAUGAAGAGGAAGGUUGGUGGCGGUGUUGAGGCUAUGGAUGUUGACGAGUAG